GCCAUUUCUGUAUCUCCCUUUCUUCUGUACUUCACUCUUCUUGCGCUUUGUUAAUUGUCCUUCUUUCGUUUUCAUUCAGGAGUUUCAGGAGCCAUGCAUAGAGUAGCAUUUUCAGCCGGCCGCUCGGUCAACACUGCCAGCCAGUCCCUGAGUUCAAGGGCUUUUGCAUCAGUAAGCCCUGCAUCCAGAAACCACAGAGUUGUCGUUGUUGGAGGUGGAUCAGCCGGUUUGGCAAUUAGUCACCAGUUGCUCCGUACUGGAAAGUUCACACAAGAUGAUAUCGCCGUUGUGGAUCCUUCAGCCUACCAUGAUUAUCAGCCUGGAUGGACGCUAGUUGGUGGCGGCCUUAAGACCAAGGAGGAAUUGAGAAAGCCCAUGAGCAGUCUCGUAGACCCAAAAUUGAAGCACUACAACCAAGGAGUCGCCACAUUUACACCCGAGGAGAAUCUGGUCACUCUUGUCAAUGGCGACAAAUUGGGAUACGAGCACUUGGUUGUGGCACCUGGUAUUGGCAUCAAGUACGACAACAUCAAGGGAUUGCCCGAGGCGCUAGCAGAUCAGUCAGCACCUGUCUCCACGAUCUAUGGUUACGAGACUUGCGACAAAGUCUUCCGUAACAUCAAGGAGUUCCGUGGUGGAGAAGCCCUGUUCACCCUUCCCACUGGUAUUGUAAAGUGCGCUGGUGCACCUCAGAAGGCAAUGUGGCUCGCUCUGGACCACUGGAAGAAGGCUGGACUGUACGAUCCUAGCAAUGUUGCCAACUCGCCCAUUAAGAUCAGUUUCGCUACCGCCUUGCCGGUCAUGUUCGGUGUGCCUAAGUACAGCGCCACUUUGGAGGAACUACGCAAGGAACGUGGUGUCGAGGCCAUGUUCCAGCACGAUCUGAUCGAAGUCGACGGUGACAAGGCCAUUUUUGCACGUCUAGGUGGCAGCGAGGAGAAGGUUACCAAGCGCUUCGAUUUACUUCAUGUAGUUCCCAAGAUGGGACCCCACGCAUUCAUCAAGGAUAGCCCUCUCGCCAAUGCCGCAGGUUUUGUCGACGUUGAGGAUGCCACUCUUUGUCACAAGAAGUACGCCAAUGUAUGGUCAGCAGGUGAUGCCUCAUCAUUGCCCACCGCCAAGACAGCCGCUGCUGUUACUUCUCAGGCUCCUGUAUUGGUACAGAACAUGCUUCAGUCAAUCGAAGGCAAGGAGCUUAACGCUGCUUACGAUGGUUACACAUCCUGUCCGUUGUUGACCGAGUACGGCAAGGUGUUGCUCGCCGAGUUCAAGUAUGGAGGUCAACCCAAGGAGACAUUUGCCAAGUUUGGAGUGGAUCAGGCCGUCCCUCAUCGUGCUUUCUACCAUCUCAAAAAGGACUUCUUCCCCUGGGUGUACUACAACAACAUGGUCAAGGGUACUUGGGGCGGUCCCAAGGGUUGGGUCUGGUGAACAUGUGGUCUAAGCGCCUGAAUGAUGCUUGCCAUGUUCAUUUCUUGUAAUAAUUGCGUUUUUGGAG